UGACCACCGCGUGCUCCCGCUUUUGAAGAAGAAAGAAACAAUGGCGGACACAGAACUUGCUGAGCAGAACGGAGCACAGUAUGAAGAGGCUCAGGAGUACUAUGGCGGCGAGGAAAACAAUGAGGAACAAACUCCACAAGAAACUCCUGCUGUUGAAAAACCUCAAGGAACAGAAUAUACCCAUAAAGCUGAUGAUGACGAUAGAAAAUUAUUUGUGGGCGGUCUCAGUUGGGAAACAACAGCUAAAGAACUACGAGACUAUUUUGGAAAAUUUGGAGAAGUUGACGACUGCACAUUGAAGACGGAUCCUAAUUCAGGCAGAUCAAGGGGAUUUGCUUUCGUUGUUUUCAAGGAUAGUUCCUGUAUUGAUUGUGUAUUAAAUUGCAAGGAAGGCCAUGUUCUACAAGGUAAAACCAUAGAUCCAAAGAAAGCUAAGGCUAGGGGUGGCAGGGAUCCUAUCAAGAAGAUAUUUGUUGGUGGAAUACAACCAGAUUUCUCAGAAGAAGAUAUAAGGGCAUACUUUUCAGAGUUUGGAAAGAUUGAGGAAAUUGAUCUUCCAUUUGACCGUAUGAAGGGCCAGAGGAAAAAUUUUUGCUUCAUUACAUUUGAGAGUGCUGAGGUUGUUGAUAAAAUCGUAGAAAAUCCCAGACAGACCAUUGGCGGAAAAGAGGUUGAUGUGAGAAAGGCCACACCCAAGCAGAAUGAAGGUUGGGGUUAUGGAGGCAGAGGAGGAUUUGGAGGCAGGGGAAGAGGACGUGGUGGAGGCGGUUAUGAUGGUGGCUGGGGCAACCAGGGCUGGGGUGGGUACAACCAGGGCUAUAACCAGGGCUAUGGUGGAUACGGUGGAUAUGGCGGAUAUGGUGGCUAUGACUACAACCAAGGCUAUGGAUAUGGAGGCUGGAGUGGAUAUGACCAGAGUGGUUAUGGAGGCUACGGCGGUUAUGGAGGCUAUGGUGGAGACAACAGUGGUUAUGACUACAGUGGAUGGGGCUAUGGAGAUCAGAGUCAGCAGAGUAAUUAUGGUGCCCAGAAGAGCACAGGUUCCUCUGCUCAGGGUGGUGGUAACAAGGGCUACCAUCCUUAUAACAGGCAGUGAGAGAGAGAAUGAAGAUAUGUAGGUGACAAAAGGUUGGAUGGGAUGCAGUAAAAGUGAACAGUGGUUUCAGUUCUAUGUGUUUCAGCAGCCUGUAGUCGAUGACUUUAUUUCCAUUUGAUGUGAACAUUUUUGUCUAAACUUGGUUUCAUUUUGACAAAAUACAUUUGACAUACCAACAAAAGGACAAAGAAAUGAUCAGAAGGAUCUGCAUUCAAGUCAUUCUGUAUCCAAGCAUUUCAAUUUUAAAAUAUUUUUUUAAAGAUUUUCUUCAUACUUUGCACAAAUUUCUAGCAGAGAUCAGUCAAAUCGAUUUCAAUAACUAGUGUUAGAACACUGUCAUCUAAAGUUAGUGUAAAUUAAGUAUAUGUAAGUCCUUUCCAAUGUUUGUAAAAGAUCCCUUAUUUUAGCAAUUGAUUUUAUAAAAAAAAAAUAAACACUUGUAAAUGCUGUAUAAA